GCCGAGGACAAGGUACCGAGGGAAGUCUCCAUGAGAGAAAAAAAGGUUAGUGGCCUACGGGGCUGAUAUUGAAAUCUCGAACAAUUUCAGAGCUUCACAAGUCCGUGGCCAUCAUCAUUCAGACGUUCUGAACAGACACAUCUUAUCUCAGCCUGGAGACCACAAAAUGGCAAGCGCAGCUGCGGAUCCUCACAGUGCAGCCUCCAGUUGCCAUCAUCAGAUUCAACAACCCCAAGAGUCUCAACUCGAUUAAUGGAGCAAUCCUCCACCGCCUCGCUUAUCUGCUAGAUGAAGUGGCCGAGAGACCCGACAUUACGGUAACAGUCUUGACCGGUACGGGUCGUUUCUUCUCUUCGGGCGGCGAUGUCGGCCUGGAAAAGCCGGGUGGCGGCAAGCCGGAAGAACAGGAAAGUGCUCGAGAAUGGCUACUUACGAACUUCUGCAUGCCUUGGUUGACAGCCACGCGGAGCGUGUUCAGGCAUCCCAAGAUUCUGGUUGCCGCUCUCAACGGACCAGUUGUGGGCGCCCCGGCCGGCUUGGUUGCCUUUGCCGACUUUAUUUAUGCCAUGCCCCACACAUAUCUGGCCACCCCGUUUACGUCUCUCGCCCUGGGUGCUGAAGGUGGCUCUUCCUUCAGCCUCAAGGAACGCCUUGGAGCCGCCAAGACGAAUGAAGCACUCCUCAUGGGAAAGAGAAUUACGUGCCACGAGCUGGUGCAAUGCGGAUUCCUCAACAAGGUGUUCAAGGCCAACAGUGAGAGCGACAAUGAUACCUUUAUGAAGCAGGUGCUUUCGGAAAUCGACGAGUGGCUGGGUCCCCAUCUUGACCCAGCGGCUCUCCUGUUGACGAAAAGACAGCUCCGCGCAGAAGACUAUGAAAGACAGGAUGCCGUCGUUGUUAAGGAGGUUAUGGGAGCAUUGAACGCGUUUCUUACUGGUCGGCCCCAGGCGGAGUCGAAAAAGUUCAUGACCGGCCAGAAGAGACACAAGCUUUAAAACACGUCCGGAGGGAAGAGCAGACCAACAUUGAGGUGAUACUGUGCGUCAUGUCGAGGCCGAGGGAGUGGUCUCUCCAACAAUACUUGGUUUCUUCUCCUUUGAAGGAGCAGCUCAAGCUGGUGCGGCCAAGACCUGAUCUGCUGCCACGCCCACACAGAACUGUCGCGAUCAAAAGCAGGACUAGAGACUAUCAAACAGUCACGAGGAUCCCAAUAUUUGAAACCUGGCUCUGCAAGCCCUUUGAUCCCGGUAUAACUGCUGUAUUCUAUUUACGUUUCCGAAACACUGCUUUGGACGCUUCAUUUGAUCUUUCAAGCUCUGCCCUCCGAACAUACAAGCCUAGCAAAGGUGUAAGAUUCCCCAUCGGCACGGAGUAUCUUAGAUACCUAGAUAGCUACUCUUCGUCUCGCA